UGCGACAUCUGACUCUGGCUGACCUCGAGUGAUGCGAGCCAUGCGAGGGCGCACCGAUGAAUGGAUUUCUGAGAAAGGGCCAGAGGAGCAACAUCAUGCCGUCGGCUAUGUCUCUGCUGUGCCGCGUAUCCGUGUGCUGCGUGGGCGGCGAAAGCGAGCCGCGGGCAAGGUGGCAUCAAGGCAGGCACCUCGCGAUCACGGCCGUGAUCACAGCCGUGAUCGCGCGGCUGCUGAACACAGCCGGCGGGAGGCCGCGAGCAGGCGAGCGAGCAAAGGUUGGCAAGGGUGCAACACUGCACGUGUGGGCAAGGCGUCAGGGAGAAGGAGACCAGCGUGGCACGGGCCGGCAAGCAUGAGCGAGACCCCGCACAGGCCGGUGACCAAGGGCGCGUCCAUGACUGCGCUGUUGGAGCAGCAGCGGCAAAAGGCCGCACGUCGUGGUGGUGGUGUUGCAGACGGUGGUGAUCACGGCCACGGGAAUGGCCACCCUUCCCAAGCCCCCAUGGCAAGCCUUGGCGUGGAACAGCUGCAGAACAUGCGCUCACUCUCGCUCCCACACUCUCUCAAAGAGACUGGCCCGAUGAACGCGUCGCUGAAGACGCGGGCCCUGGGUCAGUAUCGCCGCCUCAUGCGGCAGAACAAGAUCAAGAAGCAGUACCAGAACGCGUGGGAUGUGUCGGAGCUCAUGGGCGUCUCGCUGUACAUGGCGCUUGAGCUCGCACGCGACCGCAUCAUGGCCGAGGAAGACGCCUCGCGGGUGCUGACCCGCCAGGAGCUUGUUACGCUCCACACUCUGGUCUCAGACGCCGUUGCCGCGUUUGUGAGCGAGACUGUGCGCGAGGUCGAGGCCCGCGCCGCCCACCGCGCCGCUCGCCGCGCCCGCCGCAUCGCGGCUGUCGAGGCCAAGGCAUUGGCUGCUACCUCGGGCGCGAGCCACGAUUCGGCCACCGCACACAGCCUCGACCCGUCAGCACACGACUUGGCGGCGUCGCCGGACUCGGUCGGCUCGCCGGGCCCGCGCCGCCGCCGCCACCGCCGGGAGCCCGGGACCAGCGACCGCCGACGUGCCCCGCUCCGGGUCCAGUCGUCGCAGUCGCUCUCGGCCGACUCGGACGACUACUCGCCGGAACGGCCCACCCCCACCCGGCAGUUCAAGUCGUCGGCCGAGCUCGAAACAAAGCACGCGCGCUCCGCAGCCUCGCGCGCCCGUGCCGAGGACCAGGCCUUGAGCGAGGAGUCGGCCCAGCUCUCCGACUCGUGUGACUCGGGCUCUUCGUCGUCAACCAUCACUUCGCCGUCUCGCGAGGAGGACUCCGGCAGCUCAGACAGCUACAGCAAGGGUGGUGUCUGCCCGCUGCCGGCCGGCGACGCCACCUCAACCUCGUCGUCGAGUCCGACGUACGGCUCGGGCUACUCGGGCUACUCAGACUACUCGGACUACUCGUCCGAGUAUGACUCGGAUGGCGAGUCCAGCACCGCAACUGGCGCCGGCCCGCUCCGCCCGGUCUACGGACCCGACGCCCUGCGCUCGCCUGCAGCCGCCAAGCUUGUCUUUGCUGGUGACGAACUGCGCGAGGUGCUUGUCAACGCCGUUGACGAAUGGGAGCCCGAGCCCGACGGCUCGGCCAUGCCCGUGCAGGUCGCCGGCGCGCGGACGCAGGGCUCGCGCUCGCAUCUGGAGGACACUUUCCUCUGCACGCCAUUCCUGGAGGCGCUGUGCCUGGGCGAGAGCGUGCCGGAGACUGCCCACGCCGAGCCUACCUUCCUGGCCUCGAUCUUUGACGGCCACAACGGCGCAUACGCCUCCGAGUACGCCGUCUCGCAGCUCUUCCUCCCCAUCGGCAACGCGCUCGCCUCGCGCAGCAGCCUUGCCGGCGCCGAGCUCGACAACAGCGAGCUCGGCGCCGUGGUCACACUCGCCUGCCUCGACGUCGACGCCACCUUUAACGCCAAGGCCACCCGCGAGUCGCUCAACGACGGCUCAACCGCGCUCAUUGUCCUCCUCCGCGGCAAAAAGCUCUUUGUAGCCAACGUCGGCGACUCGCAUGCGGUCGUCUCGGACGCCGGCACCGCCCACCUCCUCUCGUCCAUGCAUUCGCCCAAGCGGCCCGACGAGGAAGAGCGCAUCAUCAACUCUGGCGGCUCAGUCGUUUGGUUCGGGACGUGGCGCGUCAACGGCUCUCUCGCCGUCUCGCGCUCAAUCGGCGACCCACAGUACCAGGACAUCGUCAUCCCCAAUCCCGAGUUUGCAACCUACGACGUUCUGGACUCGUACGAGUUUGUCCUUCUCGCCUCGGACGGCGUGUGGGACGUCUUCCCUCACCAGGACGCCGUUGACUUUGUCCGCUCACGGCUCCUCGCCGGCGCCUCGCCCGGCGCCGUCAUCGACGCCCUCCUCGACGAGGCUGUCCACGCCCGCAGCUCGCCCGACAACGCCACUGCCGUCCUUCUCGUCCUCCGCACCCCCGUCGACGACCCGCCGUCGCCGGCCUCAGCCGCGCCACCGCUCCUUGUCAAGCACUCCUCCAACCUCGCCAUCGUACCCUCGUCUCCCCUGGUGGCCUCGCCCAACUCGGCAGGCGCCGCCUUUCACAGCAAGUCGCCGCCCGCCGUCACUUGCAACGUCAUUGCGCCCUCUUCCCCACUCGUCCGCAAGUCCUCUUCUGAGAGCAUCUCCCGCACGAGUCCAGCAAGUGCUGCAUCAUGACGGCCCCGCCUCCUCCUCCCACACCCAAUGAUAUGGAGUAGACUAGCCAUUGCAAGGAUCGAGUGGGGUGCAGUGUAGAGAGUAUUCAACAAGAUGUGACAAAGAGGCCGAAAAACCUGCCAUCGACUCGUUUGCAGUUCCCUCUCCGCCCCAACACCCGCACUCGCCGUCCGAAUCAUUGGCCAGCUGGCAGACCAGUCGCCACC